AAGUGACGCUUCUUGCGAUUUUGGUGCUCCGUGUGGUGAUAAAUUUCGUGAUAUUAAUCAGACCACCAUUACUACUUUUCCUAGUGAGGCCGGUGCAACUGUUGGCACUCAAGGCAUUCUUCAAACGUAUUUUAUUCACGGCAAUGAUACUUCUCCAAUCAAUACGACGUGGUACCAAUGUUCUGAUAUUAAGAUCAUUGAUGAGCUUAAUACUUUAAAUAAGACUCCUAGCUCUGCUUCUAAAUCUAGCGCUGUUUCUAUUAAUGCACCGCAC